AUGUCUGAAAAGUCCAAAGCUGCUUUCAACAACUACACCGAACCAGAGGCCGCUAGCGCUGCACCACCGCCAUUCGCACAAGCCGUGCAAGGUGGCCCGUCCCCAGUUCCCAGAAGCCGAUUUGCAUCCAUCACACGAAAUGGACUUGAUCGCAUUAGACUCAUCCAUUUCAGUGAAGUAGAAAUGGCUGCUAUUCACGAAGUCAUCAGGUCGAAUUGGGAACAAGGUAUAGACAAGGUAUACCCGGGUGAGGAAUCACGAGAAAUCAAGUUGAAAGGAUAUGCAUGGGGCUAUGAUUUCAAUGGCAACGAAGAAGCCAUUUUGUUGGUGCUUCGUCUUUUAGAGGCUUUGUUUAAUAUGGGUUGGAUGCUGUACUCGCCUAUCGAAGUUACCAAAAGAGUGUCAACAAAAGAUGCCCUCAUCUUUCGGCAACAAAACCACAUUCCCCAUCCUUGUGAAUGGAUCAGCAUAUCCUUCCACGGUGGAGACAAACUCAAGAUCCUCAACCACCCACCCCCAGACUUGUCCGCCGAGGUCAUCGCGACUUUCAUCACAGACAUCCAGAAACACGAAGUCACGCCAGAACGAACAAAGAUCAAGUUUAAGAAGUUUCCUUGGGGACCCACCGGCUAUGACGAUGUCGAGAGCCAGCUGAAGCUCAUGGCUUUGCUCGAAGUUGUAGAGAGGUAUGGUUUUACGCUUUAUGCAAGGACGACUGCGCGUUAUAGUGGUGAGACGAGCGAGUCGAGUGUUUUGGUCUUUCAGAGGCGGCGCGACUGGGUGCCAGGGACACCUCUUUAUCACUAG